CGUUAUUGUAACAGGUCACACAGGAAUGACUUGGCAAGGAGAGAAACUUGAUUUGAGUAAACACACACCUCAGCACCACCCAGUCAGAGGAGUCCACCAUGAACCUAGAGACGCAGCACAGAUCGAGGAGAUCGUGUCCACAGCCAAAUUCGGUGACCUGAUCGAGUUCUCUUACCCCAUCGGCUACUCUCACUGGGGUGUGUACCACGAAGACGGUCAUGUGAUCCACUUUGCAGUCGCAGAGGAGAGCACCAUCAUGGGAAACCUUCGCAUGUCCCUCCAAAACCUGUUUCCCAUCUGCGGUGACCUCCUGCUGGGAGCCACCAAGAUACGUUGUGUGCCGCUUGGUGAGGUCAACGUCCCCGCUGGCACUCACAUCCUGAUCUGCAACAACCGGCACGCCUUCACGCCGUCCUCCACCGAAGACAUGAGGCGGCGCAGCGACGCCCUGGUAAAUGAAGAGCUCACCUACGAUCUCUUUGCCCUCAACUGCGAACACUUUGCCACGUUUGUUCGCUUCGGGAAGGCUGUGUGCAACCAGAUACCCACCAAGCCCAAAAACGUGGAGAAUGAGGCCGCGACAGCCAAAUUCCAGGACAUUGUGGAUUCCAAAGAAAACUAAUGAAGACUGCUUCUAGAGACACACACACUCGCACGCACGCACGCACGCAUGCACGCACACACACACACACACACACACACACACACACACACACACACACACGGACACAGACAGACAGACACACACACAGUCCAGGAGAUGUCGCUCAUCUGAUGUCGUCAUCAUCAUCAUUGACUUGUAUUAUUAUGUACUAUAUGCUACUAACAGCUGUUCCUAAUAUUAUGAAUCUACCUGACUUGUCGUUAUUGCUGGUUAUGCUUUCAUCAACAAAACCUAAAAGAAAUACACAGAACAACAUUUAGGUGCAGAUCCGGAUAAAAGCGCAAGUACCGGUAGAUGAAUUCCUAUUUGAGUUUUGCAAUAGGUGUCAAGUGUUGCAGUGACUCAUCAGAUCCAGCAGGUGGAGCUGUGGGGGAAAAAGAUUGUUGCAUGAGACAGUUCACGCCCACUUUACUAUGAGCGUUACUGCCUCCUACAGGACUAGAGUGGAAUGUAUUUUUUCAACUCAAAGGAGUCAGCAACAUAUAGUACAUUAGGCUUAAGACUCUCUGCGGUUGAGUAAAUAAACGCUGGACACUACGUGAGUGUAUCUAAUGGUGUACAGCUCUGGUAAUGGGUACAUUCGCACUCACCUGCACAAAUGUACUUCAAAAUGUAACAAUCUAAAUAAAUAUGACUUUAUGUUUACUAGGGCAUGCAUAUAUAAUAUGCAUUAGUUUGACCAUUUAAAAUUAAUGAUAAUAAAAAGGAGAUGCUUGGAAAUGGCAUAAAAAUGCUCCAAAAACGCAAUUCAUAGCGUUACUUUUUGGUGUAACCAUCAUGAGCGUUCUGUUCAGGUAUAUUUCUUUUAUAUUUUGAUAAAUCAUCAUAUUUAUGUAUUACAACCUUUAAAUAGGUAUUGAUCAAUCUUUAAGCUGUGUGUAUUUGAUUUCAGUUUGCUUUUGACAUCUUAUUUAAAAUUGUAGUUGAAACUUUUACAACCUUGUGUUGCGCUCAUGAUGGCGUAACCAAACUAGAUUUAAUUUAAUGAUCUUAUUUUGAAUAUUUAUUCCCUUUAUUACAUUUAGUAUAUUUAAAUAUUCAUUUAUAAACAUUGAAUAUAUUUAAAAUAUUCAUAAAAUGCAAUUGCCUUCAUCUUAUAGGGUAAUAAUUUCGCCACACCUAGUGUGUGUGACAAUCAUUGGUACUUUAACUUUAAUGUUUAGUUACACCAAGUCAUGAGCGUAACACUAAGCUUCAUCACUUUGACUCGUUUUAUGCUUUUUUCUUUUUGGAACAUGUACUAUACAUAUAAUACAAUAAAGUCCCAUAUAAAA